CGGGCGGAAGUUCGCAACCCGAACCACUCCACCACCGUUGGGGCACUGCUGCGGGAAGCUCGCAGCUCGCACCCGCCCCCUCGGCCGGGACUUCCCCCGCAGCUCCGUCACUUUCGUUUUCACUUUUCAACUCGCACCAUCAUCCCCCCCCCGCCACGCGCCUCGGGCCCCCCAGUUCCGUCACGCACCCCCCAGCGACCCCCCCCCAUGGCUGCGCUGCGGAUCAGCCCCAAGGCCGAGGCCCAGGUGGAUUCCUUCCGGACCCAGCUCUGCGCCCAGGCUGAAGCGCUGGUUGGGACCCGGUUCCCCAGCAAGAUCACUCAGCUGGACGCUUUCCUCAAGGACCCGGCGCUGAACGUGGGGGACCUGGAGUCCCUGCGGGCCCCACUCGACAUCCCCGUCCCCGACCCCACCAAGGAGAAGGCGAAAGCCGAGCGCCGCAAGAAGGAAGAGAAGGAAGAGAAGAAAGAGGAGAAGAAGUCGGAGGAGGAGGAUAAAGCGCCCCCCUGUGGGCCCGUGAGCAGCAACGAGACGGUUGUGGGGCUGGUGAGCCGGGUGAAAGCCGAGAUUCAGGGCGCCAAGGAGGAGCUGGGGCUGGUCUCUGUCUGGGUUCAGCUCCAGGUGCCCCGUAUCGAAGACGGCAACAAUUUUGGGGUCGCAGUCCAGGAGAAGGUGUUUGAGCUGAUGACGGCCUUGCGGACGAAGCUGGAAGGAUUUCAGACCCAGAUCUCCAAGUAUUUUUCCGAGAGAGGCGACGCGGUGGCUAAAGCGGCCAAAAAUCCUCAUGUGGGCGAUUACCGGCAGCUGGUGCACGAAUUGGACGAGGCGCAAUACGCUGAGAUCCGGCUGAUGGUGAUGGAAAUCCGCAACCUCUACGCCAUUCUCUACGACAUCGUGGUCAAGAACUUCGAGAAGAUCAAGAAGCCGCGGGGCGAAACCAAGGGCAUGAUCUACUGAGCAACCUUUCACCUCCAGCCUCCACCAAUCGCAGGGCAGGAAAUUGAGCAGCAAAAAAAAGAAAGGACGAGAUCUGAUGGCAACAAAGUCUCUGCCCCCAAGUCUGCGUGAAAUGGCAAAAAUUCAACCUGGCCCAAUGAAGAAAAGCCAAACGAGAGAGAUUCAGUGUGACGAGCGUCAUGAAAUGGAAACCACGAACAUCCAAACAAAUCCUGGGCCUAUCCAACCACGGCCUCCCAGGGAAGAUUUUGCCCCCACAAAUUUAGGUUUUUGGCAUUUUAAUUCCUUAUUUUGUCCUUUUCGCAACUAGCUUUGCCUUGAGGAGCUGCAAUAAAAUGAAAUGAACGAAUUGAAA